AUGAAGAAAGAGCACCGACGGGCAUGGGAGCCACUCAACGGUACGAAUCAUGCGGAGAUUGACUACAUUCUCACCAAUCGAAGAUUAAGCUUACUGGAUGUCUCAUUGGUACCAUCCUUCAGCAAUGGUUCAGAACACCGCCUCCUUCGAGCAAAAGUGCGAUUCAGCCGGAAGCUGGAAAAGAAGAUCUGCCACCAUUUUGGAGGAGAGAGAGAAGUCGUAUAUGACGGCGUAUUGGAGGAGCUCCUGACCACUUGUGACUGGCCCAUCGAAGAGGACCCAACGAAGGACUGCGACCUGCUUCCUAGAGGAUGA